CUCAUUCUUAGCUGGUUUCACACAGUGGGCCAUGCGCCCUGUCUUCCUCUCUCACUCUCUCCUCCAUGGCCUUAUAUACGAACCUUCCCUCACCCUUUCCACACAACAAAACCAUCAAAUUAACAGUUUUGAAGAUGGCCAGAGUUGGAAAGCUAACGAAGCUCAAGUCAGCCAUAAAGAGAUGGCCGUCAUUCACCAAGCUCACCCGCUCCGCCAGCUCCAUAGCGGUCGCAAACGAAUCCGACGAGGUCUUAAAGGAGGAACUUCAUGCAGUCUAUGUGGGAAAGUCUCGGCGGCGGUACCUUGUAAGCUCCGAAAUUAUGGAUCAUCCGCUGUUCCAGGAGCUGGUGGACAAGUCGGGUGAAGAUGGUCAUGACGGGGUUGCGGUCGCUUGUGAGGUGGUGCUGUUCGAGCACUUGCUGUGGAUGCUCGAGAACGCUGAGACUCAGUUGGGGUCCAUGGAUGAGCUUGUUGAGUUCUACAGUACUUGCUGAUCAAUUUUUACUGUGGAUGGUGGAUGAUGAUGAUUAGGUGUUUGAAAGAAUGGAUGAACGAAUUAAUUGUAAAGAUUAUAUAGUAGGGUUGGUAGCGAUCGAGUAGUGUGUUUGUAUAAUUGUUUUUGUUUGGAGGCACGAUGAGGAUUGACCCAUUUCAUUUUAACGAGGAUGGUGAUGUUAAACAACUUGAUUAGGCUGGUUUUUAAUUAUUAAUUGUUGAUUAAUGGAUUAUGAUCGAAAUUGUCUAGGCAUUGCUUUGAUCCA